UCACAUUUUAGAUGGUCCAAAAAGCAUGAGUCCAACACAAUGAUGAAAGUCUUGGAAAAUGAAAACUUGUUUCUUCCCAUAUUUGUAUAAUGACUACACUUGUACAAUUGGUAAAGGCUACUACAAAAAUCCCAAUUGCAUGAAUGUGACCUCAGGUCAAUUGCUAUUUCUGACAGCAUGCAGCAGCUACCUGAUCACUCUAAACAUGCAUUAAUGAACUUCCUAAUCUUUACCCUUAGUAAACUGCAUGAUACAAAAAUGCUUCCAAACUUGAACAAUCACAAACUAAGCAUGCUUGCUGAAGUGAGACUUUACCCAAUACACAAGUAAUUAUAUUUAUACACCCAAACAGUAUAGAGGGACUUUUCAUCUAUCUAUAUAACCCUAUAAGAACAAAGAACGUUCUUUUCAUCUAUACUGUACCCCUCUCUACAUAUUGUUCAACAUCUAUAACAUGGUAAGGUCCAGAAGCAGCAGCAGUAACAAUGAGAGGAAACAAAGUUGCUACAGAGAUCACUGGAGACCCCUUGAAGAUGAGAAACUAAGGCAACUUGUGAAUCAACAUGGUGCACAGAACUGGAAUUUUAUUUCUGAACAUCUUGAAGGAAGAUCAGGGAAAAGCUGCAGAUUGAGGUGGUACAAUCAACUAAACCCAAACAUAAUUAAAUUUCCCUUCACUGAUGAGGAGGAAGAAAAGCUGCUAUCACUUAACAAGGUUAAGGGAAACCAAUGGGCUUCCAUAGCCAGAUACUUCCCUGGAAGAACUGACAAUGCAGUCAAGAAUUAUUUCCAUGGACUAAUGGCCAGAAGAAGGAAGAAAGAGAGAAGGACACUGUUUGGUGACAAAUUUGGCCACAUUUCAAGAAUCAAUUUCAACUCACAGAACUUCAAAAACACUGAAAUUUUUUAUGUGCCUUAUAACUCACAGGCACCAACAACUCCUUUGACUCUAACAAGUAGUUCUUCAACCAUCACAUCAAGCAAGGCUCACAAAGACUCAAGUGUUUCUUCAUGUGUUGGAGAGAAAGUUAAACCAUUUGAUUUGGAAAAAAUUUCAAAUGCUAGUCCUGCAUUUGUAGGUUCUUGGAUUCUUGGCACAUACAAAAGCUUCACUGCACCAAGCCUUCCUAGUAUUGGUAAGGUUGAUCCUCUUCCAAAAUUCUCAUACACUAAUUAUGGCAACAGAACUGAGGACUCCAUCACAUGCUGCAACUCUUGUAAGCAUCAUGAGCAAGAACAAACUGAACCUCUUAAUCUUAAUCUCAAGCAAAAGGGUGUUGUUUCCUUCAUAGACUUUCUUGGAGUGGGAAGCUCUUCAUCCCAUGAUGACAGCAUUAGGGGACCAUGACAUGCUUUACAGUUUACAUACACAUAGCAUAGUAUUAUUACAUAGCUGGUGCCAUUUUAGGAGAAAAUAACUACAACUGGGUCUUCUAGCUCAGAACUUACACUUCAGUUUUCUUUUGUUUUUAUUGUGCUGCCACCAUUGUAGUAAUGUCUUUACUUUUAGCUUUUCUUUGUUCGUGUUUCCUUGUUCGUGUAAUUAUCCCAUCAAUGCCUUUUGAGGCUUAUUGUAGUGUGUCUCCUAGAUCAAGUUCUUCUGUUUCCCAUAUUGUACA